AUGGAGAAAUUCGAUCAAGGCGCUGGUGCGACAGCGGCUGGACAGUCGGAGUGUUCUCGCCCGUCUGACAGGAAGCCAACUUCUGGCUUCGCGGCGUUCUUGCGCAUAUUCACCUAUUGUCAACCACUCGAUUGCGCCCUCGAAAUCAUUGCCAUCCUCGCUGCAAUCGGCUCCGGUGUAGCGAUGGCAUUGAUGAACCUAGUGAUAGGAGAACUGAUGGAUGUCAUGGGUGAUACCACGCGGAUUACCACAGAUCCACAAGGCUUCAUGGCUGCCGUCAGCAAGAACUCGCUCUACUUUGUCUACAUUGGCAUUGCUAGAUUCGUUUGUACCUACCUGUACUCGACGCUAUUUACCUACGUUUCCUUCCGAGUCACGAAUAAUAUUCGAAAGUCUUACCUACAAGCAGCCCUCAGUCAAGAGAUCAGCUACUUUGACCACGGAACUUCUGGAUCUAUAUCCAUGCAAGGCAUAUCUAACGGAAAAUUGAUUCAGUCCGGUAUCGCAGACAAGCUAGGUCUUUUCUUUGCAUCGUUUGCUACCUUUGUUGCGGCUUUCAUCAUCGCCUUCGUUAGUUACUGGAAGCUUACCCUCAUCCUCAUUUGUAUCAUGCCCGCAAUCAUCUUGGUCAUUGGUACCAUGGCUACCAUCGACGCUGGAAUCGAUAGCAAGAACUUGAAAAUUACCUCCAAAGCUGCUCAGUACGCCGAAACAUCCCUCAAAAGCAUCCGCACGAUCAAGGCCUUUAACCUUGAGACGAGAAUUAUGAACAAGUACACAUCGUUUCUUCAAACUUCACGACAGCUGUGUCGCAAGAAAUCUGGCGUGUAUGGUGUUAUGUUUGCCUGGCAAUACUUUGUCAUCUAUGCAGGUAUGGGUUUGGCAUUCUGGCAAGGAAUUAGAAUGAUUGCUCGUGGGGAAGUCGAGAGCAUCGGCGCCGUCUUCACUGUCCUCUUCUCGGUCAUCAUCGGUUCGACUUCGAUCAAUGGCAUUGCUCCUAACAUUGCUUCAUUUGUUCGAGCUUGUGCUGCCGCUACAGAGCUUUUUUCUCUGAUCGAUAGAGUCUCAGACAUCAACCCUCUCGAAGAGUCGGGCCAGAAACCCAAUACUGUCUCUGGUGUCAUCGAAAUCCAGUCACUCGGCUUCAACUACUCAACGCGACCAGAUACCAAAGUGCUUGAUGACUUUACUCUUACUAUUCCGGCUGGAAAGGUCACAGCUUUGGUGGGUACCAGCGGCUCAGGGAAAAGCACUAUUAUUGGUCUUUUGGAAAGAUGGUAUAAGCCUACUGCUGGUGACAUUAAACUUGAUGGAGUAAGCCUGGAGGAUUUGAAUGUUACCUGGCUUCGUACAACAAUGCGACUUGUUCAACAGGAACCUGUUUUGUUUAACGGAACCGUCUUUGAGAACAUUGUCAACGGUCUAGUUGGGACUCACUGGGAGACGGCUGCCCCAGAAACCCAAGAAGAACGCGUUAAACACGCAGCUAAGCUUGCUUUUGCAGAUGAGUUCAUCCAGAACCUGCCAGAAGGAUACGACACAUGCAUAGGUGAGAGAGGCGGGAUUCUUUCGGGAGGACAAAAGCAAAGGAUUGCCAUCGCUCGAAGUCUCGUUUCCGACCCUUCCAUUCUCCUGUUGGAUGAAGCCACCUCUGCACUUGACCCACACUCCGAAGGCAUGGUCCAAAAGGCACUCGAUAGUGCCUCGAGGAACAGGACGACACUAGUCAUUGCCCACAAACUGGCCACCAUUCGCCAUGCUCACAACAUCGUAGUCAUGUCCAAGGGCAAGAUUGUUGAACAGGGAAAGCAUGAUGAUCUGGUGGCUCUCAAUGGCACCUAUUCCAAGCUAGUCAAGGCCCAGGACUUGUCUGCUCCAAAGAGAAAUCUGGAUAUUGGGAUAUCUGACGAAGAGUCGACAAAAUCUACUGACGCUUUAGCUCUUGUUCAAUCCCUUACCAGAUACAAAUCUGGCAUCAACGAGGAUCUCGCCUCUCAAAUGGCCAGGGAAGACUUUAAUCUUUACAAGUCUACAGGGCUACUACAUACCAUCUGGAGGUUGAUCAUGUCAGCUCCUGAGCUUCGAGUUUACUUUAUCAUAAUAUCCAUCGCCUGUGCUGUUGGAGCUGCCGUCAACCCAGGACAGACUUUGCUACUUUCCGAAGUCAUGGAUGUCUUCACAUCCUCUGACUUGGUCAAAGGUGGUGACUUUGUGUCUUUGAUGUACUUCGUCAUUGGCCUAGGAGCCUUGACUCUCAGCCAGAAUGUCCAAAAAGGGCUUUUUGGUAGUAUGCUGAGACAAGACCUGCGGUUCUUCGACAGACCAGAAAACACCGUUGGUGCUCUUGUCAGCCGCAUCGAUACCCAGGCACAGGCUGUUCUGGAACUCAUGGGCUUCAACGUGGCAUUAGUUCUUCAAUCUGUCAUUACUAUCAUUUGCAGUAGCAUUCUAGCUCUUGCAUCUGCUUGGAAGCUCGGUCUUGUUGGUGUUUUUGCUGGCAUGCCUCCUCUUCUACUGGCGGGGUAUGCUCGUAUCCGACUCGAGACAAAGCUUAACACGAACAUCGAUAAGAAAUUCUCUUCCAGUGCUUCCAUAGCGUCCGAGAGCGUUAACGCCAUACGGACCGUUUCAUCGCUUGCAAUUGAGCAGAGUGUUCUGAAAAAUUAUUCCGCAGAAUUAGAUAGUGCUGUUUCGGGCUCGACUGUACCUCUUUUCACCAUGAUGUUUUGGUUCUCUCUGACGCAGUCGAUUGAGUUUUUCAUCCUUGCUCUGGGAUUCUGGUUCGGAUCGACACUGGUUUCGCAAGGAGAGAUCACAUUUUCCCAGUUUAUCAUAUCUUUCUUGGGUGUCUUCUUCUCUGGCCAGGCCGCUGCAGUCAUCUUCAGCUUUGCAAGCAGUUUCACCAAGGCCAACUCUGCUGCUAACUACUAUUUCUGGCUCACUAGUUUGCAACCUAUCAUUAGGGAAACAGAUGAGAAUAAGAAUAAGGGCCCUGCAGACGGCGGAAGUUCCAUUGACUUCCAAGAUGUUCAUUUCUCUUACCCUCUGGCUCCUGAAAAAAGAGUCAUCAAGGGUCUUGAUCUCACGAUCAGUCGUGGACAAUUCGUUGCCUUUGUCGGCGCGUCCGGUUGUGGAAAGAGUACCAUGGUGUCACUCCUUGAACGCUUCUAUGAUCCCACAAGUGGUGCCAUCAACAUCGACGGCUCAACUCCUCUCACCGAUAUCAGUCCCCGUUUGUAUCGCAACAAGAUCGCCCUUGUUCAACAAGAGCCCACUCUCUUCCCUGAUAGUAUCCGUGAAAACAUUACUGCAGGGCUUGAUGUCGAUCCUGAGGACCAGGUCCUUGUCAGCGAUGAUGCUAUAGAAGUAGCUUGCCGUGCCGCCAAUGCCUGGGACUUUGUGAGCUCUCUUCCUGAAGGUCUUAACACUCUUUGCGGCGACGGAGGUAGCCAGCUUUCUGGCGGACAACGACAGAGAAUCGCUAUUGCGCGUGCUCUGAUCCGUAACCCUAGUAUCAUUCUACUAGAUGAGGCAACUUCAGCCCUCGACACUGAGUCUGAGAGAGUUGUGCAGAAAGCUUUAAUGAAUACUGCUUUCACUGGAAAUUGUAUCACUGUAGCUGUUGCACAUCGACUUUCUACUAUUAAAGACGCUGAUAAAAUCUGCGUCUUUUACCAGGGUAGAAUCGUCGAGGUUGGAACGCAUGAGGAGCUUAUUAGGCAGAAUGGAAUGUACAAGCAGAUGUGCGACGCCCAAAGCCUCGAUGGGAGCAGAUUAGCGUAA